AUGGUGAAGCUGCAGGCGGCAACCAUUGGGCCUCAGAUCAUCGGAAAGAAGCGAAAGCGCAAGGCGAAUCAGAACGAGGGAGACGCUGAGAAUGUCGAAGGCGAAGCAGAGACCGCUUCAACUACCACAGUUCCUACCAAGACACAUGACGGCGGUAAGAAGCCCCGCCGGACGAAGAAAGAUGGCGACAAACCGAGCCUCAAAAGGAAGAGCUCCUCGACCGUAGUCGAAAGCGCUACACCGUGGCCAGCAGCGUUCACUCAGCUAUCGCAGACCCACAAAGCUCUCAACCUCGUCUAUACCUUCUGCUGUACCCGCAAACAUUUUGCUACGACCAUCGAGAACCUCCGAAGCACAGUCGAAGCGAACAUCAAGAGGGAUUUGAUGGUGGAAGAUGUCGCGAAGAUCAAGACCCUCAUACCUCAUGCCGUCAACUUCCAAUAUGUCGACGAGACACUGCUGGAAGUGGCGUUGAUGGGUGAAGAAGACCUGAGGAAAGGCAAGGCAACAGGAGACUUGUUCACCCAGUUGCCAGCCGAAGAGCGGGCAGUACGCGACAGGUUGGGGAAGCAAGACCACAAGGAGGUGCUAUUCUUCGAAUUCGUGGACGGCGAUUUGAAGAGGCAGGUGACGGAUCCCAAAACGGGCCAGGCCACGAAGGCUACCAGGAAGCUGCGGGAAGAAGAGCUGAAGAUGCCCGUAUACAGCCAGAAGCAGUUGAUGAAUCUGAUCGAGAAGCGGAACGUCAAGUUCACAUCUGCCAUCAACGCUUGGAUGAAUGAGUGUCUCGAGAAAGAAGUUGAUCCCGUGGCGAGAUUGGAAGAGCAGCACAAGCUGCACAUUCCGGUCCCAAGCGAGGCCAACACGCCUGCUCCGGAGCCACUGAGCACUUUACCUGCGAGCAUACCAGAAGAGCGAAAACCCAUACCUGAGAUCAUCGAAGAGCUCAAAGGCUUGGAAUGGUAUACUGGUCAGAUCGUGCCAGAUGGGCAUCGUGUUUUUGAUCCGCAGCAACCUGUCUAUGGCAGUCUCAACUUCGAGCUCAGCCAAGAUCUCGUCAACGCUUUGUACAACACUCGAAGUAUUCAACAGCUGUACAGUCACCAAGCUGAAGCAAUCAAUGCUCUCAACGACGGACAGAACGUCAUUGUAGCGACCUCUACUAGCUCGGGCAAGUCUCUCAUCUACCAGCUUCCGGUCCUACGCGCACUCGAGAAUGAUCCGCAAACACGGGCGAUGUAUAUUUUCCCAACGAAAGCCCUGGCUCAAGACCAGAGACGAAGUCUGAAGGCGCUGUUGGGCUACUUGCCUGGUGUGGAGGAUGUUAUUUGCGAGACGUUCGAUGGGGACACUGCAUUCAGUGACAGAAACUACAUCAGGGACGAAGCGCGAAUCAUCUUCACCAACCCGGACAUGCUUCAUCUAACAAUUCUACCGCAGGAAGAGAGCUGGCGCAGUUUUCUCAAGAACCUGCGCUACGUGGUCAUGGAUGAGCUGCAUGUCUACAAUGGCCUUUUCGGUGCGCACGUUGCCUUCAUCAUGCGCAGGCUGCGCAGGAUUUGUGCUGCCGUGGGGAAUCGCAAAGUCAAAUUCAUCUCUUGCUCGGCCACUGUAGCCAACCCUGAAGAGCACAUGAGGACCAUCUUCGGCAUCGAAGACGUCAAGCUCAUUGACUUCGAUGGCUCGCCGUGUGGGCGCAAGGAGUUUGUGUGCUGGAACACUCCAUACAAGGACCCGGGCGACUCAACAAGUGGCAGAGGUGAUACUUUCUACGAGACAGCAAGACUUUUCUGCCAGCUCAUCCUCCGCGGCGUCAGAGUCAUCUGUUUCUGCAGGAUCCGUAAGCAGUGUGAGAUUUUGACCACGGCCGUCAAGAACGAGCUCGAAGCGCUCGGCCGAAGUGAGAUCAUGGCGCGUGUCAUGGCGUAUCGUGGUGGCUAUACGCCACAAGACCGGAGACGGAUUGAGAAGGAAAUGUUUGAUGGCAAGCUGAUGGGGAUCAUUGGCACCAGUGCUCUAGAACUUGGGGUUGAUAUUGGCAGCCUGGAUGCUGUCAUCUCUCAUGGCUUCCCUUACACCAUCGCAAAUCUGCGCCAGCAAUCUGGAAGAGCUGGUCGAAGGAAUAAAGACAGCCUGUCAGUUCUAGUGGGAGAUUGCUUCCCGACUGACCAGUACUUCAUGGCCAAUCCCGAUGAGAUCUUCACACGGCCGAAUUGCGAACUGCAGGUGGACUUGACCAAUAUGCUCGUCUUGGAAGGGCACAUUCAGUGCGCCGCAUACGAAAUGCCCAUCAACGCCGACGAAGACGACAAGUACUUUGGCAAGCAGCUCAAAGAAAUCUGCGAUGAACGUCUGCGGAAGGGUGAACUCGGCUUCUUUCACACCGCCGACCGCUUUCUGCCUCACCCAUCUCGCUCGGUUGCUAUUCGAGAUACCGAAGACAACCACUUUGCCAUUGUGGACAUUACGCAUGGUCGAAACACUGUCCUGGAGGAGCUGGAAGCGAGCCGAGCCUUCUUCACCAUCUACGAGGGAGGUAUCUUCCUGCACCAGGGACACAAGUAUAUGGUCAAGCGUAUGAUCACUGAGCGCAUGAUUGCGGAAGUCGAGUAUGUCAAAGUUGAUUGGAUCACGCAACAGCGAGACUUCACAGACAUCGAUCCCGUCGAGACGGAAGCCAUUCGACGCAUUCCUGGUUCCCUGAGCAGGGCUUUCUUUGGUAGCAUCAAGAUCCUGCAAAACGUAUUUGGUUUCUUCAAGCUGGACCAAAAGCGUCGCAUUCUUGAUGCUGUGCAGGUCGACAAUCCACCCAUCAUUAUCUUCAGCAAAGGAAUGUGGCUGGAUGUGCCUCGUUCUGCGAUCGAGAUUCUCAACUCGCGAAGACUAAAUUUGGCGGCCGGCAUCCAUGCUGCCGAACACGCCAUCCUGAGCCUGAUGCCCAAUUUUGUCAUUUCCAUGCCGGGCGAUGUCAAGACGGAAUGCAAGGUCGCCAUCAAGGAAUUCGCAAAGAAAGAGACAUCUCGAAAAAGACCGGCGAGACUCACCUUUUACGACGACAAAGGCGGCCAACAUGGCUCUGGAAUUGCCGCGAAGGCCUUCGAGUUCAUUGAUCUGCUCCUGAACCAGGCAUGUGAGAGGGUGGAAGCUUGCCACUGUCUCGAAGGGUGUCUGGAAUGCUGCUGCAGCGAGCGAUGCAAAGAAGCCAAUCAGGUCAUGUCCAAAGCGGGAGCGGAGGUCAUACUGAAGAGUCUGCUGAAUCGUGAGAUCGAUGUCGACAACUUGCCAUGGGGACCUGAGGAUGAGCGUGUCCCGGCGGGCAUUGAGACAGUGGUGUUUGCAGAGGAGGUGAGGCCCAGAGCUGGCAGGGACGUCGAAGUCAUCGAGGUCAAAAGAGAAGGAGGUGGGACUAGGAGAGUCGUCCUCGACGAGGAGGGCGAUGUCGUUGAAGAUGAAGGAGAGGAUCCAUCUGGAGGUGGACGGCAGGAAGAAGAGGUGAUUGUUAUCAAAGAUGAGCCAGAAGAUGAUGAAUGA